AUGACGUGGUUUGCGAGUGCCAUCCAAAUUUUGGGUGCCAUUGGUAAGACCACUGCAUUGGACCGUGAUGACAGGUUGGAACCUCUCACUGCCAACAGUGAUGUCGGCCGGAACCCAAUGACGUGGUUUGCGAGUGCCAUCCACAUUCUGGGUGCCACUGGUAAGACCACUGCAUUAGACCGUCACGACAGGUUGGAACCUGAGGUUGGAACCUCCGAGCUUAGGCCAAGCUCGGAGGUUCCAACCUGUGCUGAGCCAUGCACGGGCAGUGGCAGCAAACCGCCACAGGUACGUAUCAGGAUCAUCGAGGUCGAAGUCGCACCCCACCUGGCUUACAUCAGCCACCUCAGCUCCAGUCACACCGCCGAAGGCUACAGCCAGACGGCCGCCAAGGACAAAGCCGCACUGCAGAAGGCCAAAGCAAAAGCGCACCGGCAACCGAACCCUGAGAAGAUGGAUACGGACAGACCAACUGAGUUCAAUCCUGAGGACGAGAUGGUCUACCGGAUAAGAGAUGUGCCAGGCCACCCACAUGUGAGAGAUGGCCGCCUGACGUUCGUGGGUCCGGAAGCGAAAUGUUGCCAUGACCAGGUCCUGGAUGAGUACAAGACGUUUCUUCCAGAUAGAGAAUUGAAACUCCUCAAUCUGAAUAUCAUGAAUUUUGUCCACCGCAAGGGGAUGUUUGCAGAGAGGCGCCCCGACGCUCAGGUGAAGGAGGAGAAAACGGAAGAGGAGACGGAUCAGGUUAAGGAAGAAGAGGCUGAGGAUGAUGAGGAGACAAAGAUUGAGAAGAAGUGGACUCUUCCUCAUGACGACGCAGAUUAUGAUGCAGACAGUGAUCAAGAUUUCGAGACCAAGCCUGAGGAUCCCGGCAAUGAGGAACAAGAACAUGUGAUUUACGAAUUGCAUGAAAAAUCAGAAUCAAGCUCAGACUCGGACGAUGGGUUCGAGUCAGUGCCAGUCGACGACGAAGCUCCAGCUGAAGGUCCAGCGCCUCCCUCAAUUUUGCUGCCUGCCCAGCCGAAGUUGCCUCCGGCCCAGGCUUCCCAAGCUGCCAAGGCUUCCCAGGCUGUUCCGCGGCGGCCAGCAGCAGCGGAACCAAAAGCUAAACCCCCUGCCAAGGUUGCAGGUGAUGGUUGGAGCCUCCCUGCUAUGAAAACUGAGGCUGCAGACGCCGCAGGCCCAAAGAUGUUGUCAGUGUUCACGCUCAGGAAAAGGGUGGAUAUCCGCGGCCAACAGCCCCUCACGGUUUCGGCGGAUGCUGCCCCUGCAGAGGCACGGCAACUCCGUUACCAGGAAUUUGCCAACAGCAUUCAGAUGAGGCGUGCCCAGGAUGCUGUGCGAGAGGCCUGUAACGACAGAGGAUUGAACUGCCAGCUACCGGAGACCCAAGUGCAGCAGAUGUUGGCCAAUUGGGAGACUGAGGCUGAUUAUGAGGAGCGUCAGAGACACGGAGUCAGAGUCAGCUUCUGUCAGGUCUCAUUUGGACGAGGAUGGCAAUUACGACUGAGCUUAGCCAUCAAUCUUCUGAUGUGCCGGAAGCAAUUGGGCUAUUCCGUCCGCUUUGUCGUCGUCCUGUACAAGGUGGACGGCAACGAUCUCAGCACACAGGCCAAAACAGCCAUCCGCAAGGACUAUUUUGAAACCAUUCAGUGGCUGAAGCACAAUUGCAACCACGAGCUUGCAUCAGGGAGCUUGGUAGUCUAUGUGGCGUCUGCCCCAGUUUUUCAUUCCUCGAAAAUGAAAAAUCUGGCACACAAGUGUGCCUUGCUGACUCCAUGGCAGCAAGGUUGCACAAUUCCAACGCCAGAGGCCGGUGAAGGUUGGAACCUCUCGGAGCAAUGCCGCAAGGCCAUGCCAUUGGAUCCCAAAAGCUUUGCAGCGCAAUAUGACAUCAGGACACCGGCGAGCUUUGAUCCAACAAUUGGCGCCGGCAAUCCCAGAAAUCACAUGUUGGUCAAUCUCGACGCCGACAACAUCCUUCCUGAUGGUUGUUGGGACAAUCUCAUCACAUCCCUGUCUAAGAGGUGA